UUAGCUCACGAAUAGAGCACCGAUGCGGGACUAAGUUAUUGAAGAGGAAGACAUCCACCAUUGAAGAAGACCACUGUUUUCCUAAAUAGAUUCAUUUGGUUCAUUACAAUUGUCGUUUUGAUUGUUAUGAUUAUGAUUGUUAAGAACAGAUAUUAUUAACAUGGAACUCAGAAAAAAAUAUAUUAUACAAUUUCCUUGCAAACACCACUACUUUCUAACUUUUUUUCCUGCAUCCCUGCUUCCAGAUGGAACUUAGAGACUACAAUCCGCUACAGCAUAGUGGAGGUUUCCACCAGAAGCUCAGCCAGCUAGUUGAAGAGAGCUUACAACCAGGAUGUCAAAGGAGCAUUGUAUUGAAGAGCUUUGUGAUUGUGGUUAUGAAGUUGAGAUUAAUAAUGAUUGGAGCGACUUCGAUCCAGGGCGUGAAUUUGUUGCUUGCCCUUUCUACUUGGCUGACGGAUUAGGAUGCACAUACUUUCGCUGGAUUGCUCCGGAGGGUACAAAAUGGCAGAGAGACUUAAUAAUAAGGCUUGAGAAGGAAAAACAAGAGCUUAAAGAUGAGGUAUUUAAUCUAAAGAGACAAAUGGAUGAUAUGGCACAUAGGAAAGAAGAGACUGAAAGAAUUAUGAAAAAGUUAACUAAGCCUUCUUAGUUAGCGACGGUAGUUUAACUUAAUGCAUGAAGUAUGUAAUUGGAUUUGGAUUUGUUGAACUUGCUUGAAAUUGUGUUGAAUGUUGAAUAGCAACAUCCUUAUUUGAAUAUGAUUGUAUGUUUUUGAUUAAAUUUAUGCUGCA